AUGUUAGAAAGUCCAAAAUCCAGCAAGACCUCUGCACUAAGUGCCAAAGGCUCAGUAAAGAAACUUAAAGGAGAAACCAAAGCUAAAGGAUCAGCCAAAGGCAAGCGAAAACAGCUUGGUAAAAAAGAUGAGGAAGAGGACAUAUCUAUGGCUAGCAUAGGCCACCCAGAGAUCUUUCCAUUAGUUUUCACUGAAAAGACACAGGAAAUUUUAAAUUGUCGAAUUAAUGAAGAUAUCACAGAAGAAAAACCUUACAAACUUCUGAAAAAAGAGGACAUAAUUCAGGAUAUGAAGACAAGAGCUGCAGUCUCCGAUUUCCACCCAGUCAAAAAAAUAGUCCUAGAAUAUCCAGGGGAAGAACUUCUGAUAGUUUUAGAUACAGAGUUCAAAUAUGGACAGAACUUUUAUCUUGUUGCAACCGAAGAGGCCAAGGAAAGCUUUUUAAAUCCUCCAGAGGCAGUGGAAGAAGAAGGAGAGACUAAAGAAGGAACGACAGAGGAAUACGUUUAUAAGCCUCCUGUCCGCAAACCUUGGGUCUCCCUUGGCAGUGAAAAGGAAAUUGAAGAAGAAUCAGUUAAUGAAUCUCUUAGAAAGAUUAAAUAUAUGAUUUCUCGAGUGCGCAGAGAGUUUGGUUCAAAGGUCAAAUUUACUGAUAGAAAUGCUUCAAGUGUGAAAGAUGGCUACAUUGAAUGUACAUCCUAUCAGGAUAAAAAUUUCAGCAUUAUGAAACUUGAAAAAGAUGUUGGUGCACAAGUCGUUCCAAAAGUAAGGGAAAUGAGUACUCAAACAAAGUGGACCUAUCCAAGAAAUGCAGCCACACAGUACUUUCCUAGAGAGUUCUCAGGUGAAGAAAAAGAGCUGUGUUUGUCAUCUGAGGAUCUGAAAGAAUUUAUUAUCUCAGUGUUUUUAAGAGUGGAAAUAGCAUUGCAGCAAAAUGAAAUUAUGAAUGCCUUUUUUGAUGACUGGAAAGCAUUAGCAGAAGAUGAAAGUGCCUUUGGUGGCAAGUCAGAUGCUUACCUUAAGGAAUACCAAUCGUUUACAGACCUGCACUAUCUGAAGCAUAGAACAGUUAGCUGUGUUUGCUGGCACCCAACCAUUUAUGGGAUUAUAGCAGUGUCAGUAACAGAGCGGCUUUCUUAUGAAGAACGCAUUACCCAAUCUGGUAAACUGUUGUUGCAGAAGUCACCAAUUCUUUUUUGGAGUUUCUCUGACCCUAUUCACCCUCAGUUAAUGCUGGAGUGCCCUGAAGACAUCUACUGCUUUGAAUUCUGUCCAUCUGAUCCCAAUAUCAUUGCUGGAGGCUGCAUGAAUGGACAGGUUGUACUGUGGGACAUUUCUGAGUAUGAAGAAAAGCUGCAGAAUGCUAAAACUGGUGCUGGUGGAAGCAAGAACACUGCUGUUAAUAUGCCAACGUUUAUACAAGCACAACAAAGUGGUAAGGAACCACAUUUUGUGAGAUAUUGUGCAGUCUCUUCUAUAGAAUUUGGCCAUAAAACAGUAAUAACAGAUAUACACUGGCUGCCAGACUAUUUUGAGGUUAACAGAAUGGGCAUUGCUUUUGAAAACAGAACUGGAGUUUGUGUGCAGCUUGUAACCUGCUCUCCUGAUUGCUCCCUAUUAUUUUGGGAUCUUCGAGCCCCCAAAACUACUAUUCAGAAUUCAACUGAGAAGGCAAAAGAUGAGAAGGCUAUUGAGGCUCCCCCUGAUGUGCCGACUACUUUUAAACAUCUGGAUCUCUCCUGGAGACCUCUCAUUAAGGCAAACCUAUCCAAGAGCGAAACAAGUGGAGACUAUAGUCCUACUAAAAUUAGCCUAGUGGAAGAGCAUUUCCAUUACAAAAUGCAAGAUAAGAUGCAAUACCAAAUCAAACCAGAAAUGUUUGGAGACGAAAAUCCUUAUAAGCAGUUAAGGGUCCCUUCAGCCAAACCUCUUAAGAUACUGGAGAAUAUCGCCACCAACUUUUUUGUUGGAACUGAAGAUGGUGAAGUUAUUUAUUCCGACUGGAAGAUGGAAAGAGAGAGCGACUCAGGAAGGCUGAUUAGUCAGAAACCAGCUAACAAAUACACCAUCCAUGAUGGAAUUGUCCAUACUAUACAAAGAUCUCCAUUUUUCAAAGACAUCAUUCUUAGUGUUGGAGGCUGGAAUUUUGCCAUAUGGAAAGAAGGUGUUACAAGCGGCCCAAUCCUUCAAUCAUGCUGCUCAUCAAAAAGAUAUACUGUAGGACAUUGGUCCUUAUCAAGAGCAGGAGUUUUCUUCAUUGGUAGAGAAGAUGGAAAUAUUGAUAUUUGGGACCUACUGGAGAAAACACAUGAGCCAUCCCAGACCCAGAACAUCUCUAUAUCAAUGAUCACCUGCAUCAAACCCUGGAUUGUCUCUUCAAAGCAGCACUUUUUAGCCAUAUCUGACGACUUUGGAACACUGCAUGUUUUAGAAAUCUCUUGGACAUUAAGUCACCCUUCCAGUAAUGAGCGUGCCAGUGUUCUUCAUUACUUUGAGAGAGAGGUCAAACAUCUGGAUUAUUUUGAACAGCGGCAAGAAUUCCGAGCCAAAGAAAGAAAGGAAUUGGAGCUGGAGAAACAGAGGAAGAAGACAAAAGUGGCUGGUGGACAGAAAUCAAGAGAACAAAUGGAGGAGCAGAUGAAUAUAAAUUAUGUCGAUUUUCUGGAUGAAGAGAAGAAGAUCCUGACAGGACUUGGGCUAUUGAAAGCAACAGAUAGAUUUGCCUAG